AAUUUACUUUCAGGGGUUUUGGCGAUCGGAGAAGCAGAGAAACGGGAGGAGGAAAGCGUGUUGGUCACAAUUUUGUCUCGGGAGAGUGUUUACCGGAAUUCGUGUUUUCUAGGAACCGAACCGCCGGUUUCCGACGUCAUUCUGGCCAUCUUUCGCCGGAAUUUCGAUGGAAUUAUGGUUUUUCUAAUGCCGAUCCUCGCCGUUGGAUGGAGGAUCUCAAAGGCAGAAGCUUACCGAGGGUUUGAAACAUGAGACACGAUUCCUCUCUCCCAAUUGAGAAUCGAGAACUUCCUCCCAGAUCAAAUUGGCAGGAUUUCUCCUUACCAACUUGACUUCUCAUUGGUGGAUCGUGAAUGUGAAGAUCAAAUAUAUAGCUGAUCAUCUGUAAAUUUUUCCAGAGUGAUACUGUGGAUGGCUCCAUCAAGUUAUUUGAUGCUUAUUUGCUGAAUUCUCCCUGGAUAUUAUAAGUUGGAGUAAUGCAGAAAAGGUUGGAAUGUGGAUUCAAUUGCUACCAAGUGCCAACCAUGCCCCGAACUUCACGAUCAGCCAGGGGAAAACGUUUAUUCAGAAAAAAGGACUCUCACUAUGAUAUGCAUGCUUUUGAAUUAUUGGCUACUGUUGCUGGCAAGUUAUUAUGUGAGAACGAAUCAUUUCCUACCAAUUGUGAUUCUUCAGUUAGAAGGGAUAAGGAAUCUGCUAAGAAAUUAAAAAAUAACGCAGCUCAAAAUGUGAAGAAGGCUGGAUGGGCUGUUACGGGUUUUGACAGUUCCCUUUCUGUUUCAAGCGAUCCGGUUAAGGAAGAACUGCAGAAUGAAGUGAAACCAUUUAAAUUGGAAGUGUGUGAUCAAGGAAUCUCUGACGAGGGUCCUUUAGCCUCCAGAGAUGUUUUACAUUGUCCGCUUCGGCAAGGAGAGUGCCACACCUCUGGAGAGGGUUCACAUGUUCGAAGUGGGGAUGCAUCAGGAUCUAUUUCAGUGAUCACCAAGUUUGAUAGCUCUCUUCAGGCUCGCUUAGUAGGUAAUUCUGUUGAUGAAGUAAGAAAUAAUGUCUCUGGAGUCUCCUCUGGACCUUGGGAAAUACACAAACAUGAGACGGAUGGGCUUCAAGGAAAAUGUGCUGAAACCAAAAGCUACCCUUGCUCCCUAGAAUCUCCUGAUUUGAGAACAGGGAAUCCAAACAGUGGAUAUGGACAAGGUAGUCAGGUGAUGAUUAGUCGCCAUUCGGGAGGAACUAUCCCUGAUACGUUCAGUUCACAAGAACCUAUUGAUGAGGAGACAAAGCCUCCUGCAUUGGUUAGUUCAGCCAGUAGUGAUGAGGUCAGCUUUUGUAUUGGGCGCGUACCUUAUAGCUCGUCUCCUGUUAUUCAGGAGGAUGUAAAAAUAGUUCAAGAAGAUGAUGAUGAAAACUCUUCUGGGUGCAGUAAACCCAGUAAUGUAUCUCUACAAGGUAACUGGCCACGCCUUGCUGAUAGGAAAAUCAGGAAGGUUUCCUCAAAUAUUUGGAAAGCGGCUCCUGCAAUGUUGAAAGAUGGGAAGCCCUAUAACAACGAUGUGGAAACGAAACCUGCAUUCUACAAUAGGAAAACUAAUUGUAAACGACAAAGAACUCAAAGGUGUCCUCCCGUUAAGAGAAGAAGAUUGUUUCAACAAAGCCUGCUGUCAAUAUUUGAUGGAGGGAUUGGGGGUGAAGAUGCUUCUACCCCACCAGAGAAGCACAUAUACGAAGAUAUCUCUACUCCUGAUUCAAGGAUUAAUCACGCCAGUGGGGCCUCAAGCCCAAUAGAAAGUACAAAGUCAUCUGUGAAGGCUAAUGAUUCAAAAGUGAAGUUGAAUAUCAAGUCAUUCAAGGUUCCUGAGCUCCUCAUUGAGAUGCCAGAAAAUGCAACUGUGGGAUCAUUAAAGAGGACUGUCAUGGAGGCUGUCACAUCCAUACUUGGAGGUGGGCUACAAGUUGGAAUUCUCCUACAAGGGAAGAAAAUCCACGAUGACAGCAAAACCCUGCUCCAGACAGGGAUUUCCUGUAGCAAUGAGCAUGAUGAUGUUGGAUUCAUGCUGGAACCUAACACCAUUCAUGCUCCAAAGUUUUCCUCGACUGAUCCAUGCCCCCCACUCUCUCCCAAAGAAACUGAGCCAUUAAACAGGUACAAUCCUCUGUCUGAUAAUUCAGAUCUAGGCGUAGAUGAGCCCACUGCUGGUGGACCUCUAUGGGAGGAAAGUGACUGUAAUCAGACGACAUCUCCUGCUGAAUUAUCAACUAAGAAUGCGAACCAGAACUCCAGGGCAUUGGUUGCCGUACCAACUGUAAGUGUGGAGGCCUUGGCGGUGGUGCCCCUCCAUUGCAAGCCCCGGCGGAGUGAGCUCGUUCAGCGUCGAACACGGCGACCAUUCUCUGUUCCAGAGGUGGAAGCGCUGGUAAAGGCAGUCGAGAAGCUUGGGACUGGGAGAUGGAGAGACGUGAAGCUACUAGCUUUUGACAACGCGAAGCAUCGCACGUAUGUCGACUUGAAGGAUAAGUGGAAGACGCUCGUGCACACGGCGAGGAUCUCUCCGCAACAGAGGAGGGGGGAGCCGGUGCCGCAGGAGCUCUUGGACAGGGUGCUGUCCGCCCACGCCUACUGGUCGCAACAGCAGGCGAAGCAUCAGGUCAAGCAGCAAGGGGAGACACGCUUGCUACUUUGAUUCCCGAUCUGUAAAAAAGGAGUGAACACAAAAUGGAGACGAGAAGGAAAAAACCAAAGUCUGUAAUAUUCUCUCACCAUGAUUCUUGGCCGGAAUUUUCCCUUCUGUUCUUUACUUACGAGGGAAGUCUGGUAUGUGUAUAUUCAUGAAAUAAAGAAAGGGCAAAACCUUGUGGAUGGGAAAUGCUAACAAAAAGUCUUUCAUGGUCGUCGGCCGUCGUCACCGGCGGCCGUGCCAUCUCUGUUCUUUUUUAACCAUCUGAUGGUUCCUGACAUGUGUGAAUUGGGAAGAAGGAAGCAAGGGGGGUUGGUGGUGUCCUGUUGAUUGGAACGGAGAAAGGGAGAGGUGUUCGAUUUGUUUGGGGGAAGGUCUGUUGUAAAGAGAUGGUCGACGAUUCAAUUCUUAUUUUCUCUUCUUUCUAGCUUCUCUUUUGUUACUGGAAUAAUCAAGUGAAAUUAUGUGCAGUUUCUCCUUUC